GCUUCUGAAAAAUGGGGUUCAGUCUCACUUCUUCGCCUUCUCACCUCUGCAGUGACCACCAAUCUCUCUGCAACUCUCUAUCUCCAUCUCACAAUCUUCAAUUCACUUCUUCUCUAUCUUCAUGGAGACCCAGAAACUUCAACUCUCCUCUCAAACUGAUAAGUACUCAGAAAUCUCAACCAAGAACUUCUUCUCUAUCUUCUCUACAAGUUUCUGUACAAGACCCUCAAGACUUACCCAAAGAAACGUCUUUUUCCAAAACUGCAGAAUCUCAGAGAAACCCAAAUGGACAAGCAAAACAUCAUAUUUGGGUAAACCCCAAAAGUCCAAGAGCAUCGCAACUUCGACAGUUAUCUUAUGAUUCCAGGUAUGCUUCACUAGUGAAAUUUGCAGUAGCUUUGAAUUCAUGUGAUUCAACUGAGGAAGACGUUUUUAAUGUUUUGAAUAGUUUAGGUGAAAACCCAUCUGAACAAGAUGCUGUUAUUGUUCUUAAUAAUAUGGAAAACCCUGAAACAGCUCUGAUUGCUUUGAAAUACUUCCAGGAGAAAUCAAAACCAAAGAAAAAAGUUAUUCUUUAUAACGUUACUUUGAAAGUGUUUAGAAAAAGUAGGAAUUUGGAUGGAGCAGAAUUGUUGUUUGAUGAAAUGCUUAAGAAAGGUGUUCUACCAGAUAAUAUUACGUUUUCUACUAUAAUUAGUUGUGCAAGGAUGUGUUCUUUGCCUAAUAAAGCUGUGGAAUGGUUUGAGAAAAUGCCGUCUUUUGGAUUGAAUCCUGAUGAUGUUACAUAUUCAGCCAUGAUUGAUGCUUAUGGAAAAGCAGGAAAUGUUGAUUUGGCUUUGAGUUUGUAUGAUCGAGCAAGAACUGAGAAGUGGCGCAUUGACUUGGUUACGUUUUCGACUUUGAUUAAGAUUUAUGGUGUAUCGGGAAAUUUUGACGGGGCUUUGAAUGUUUAUGAAGAGAUGAAGGCUUUGGGUGUUAAGCCAAACUUAGUUAUCUAUAACACGUUAUUAGAUGCUAUGGGAAGAGCCAAGAGGCCAUGGCAGGCGAAGAUUGUUUAUAAAGAGUUGAUUAAAAAUGGGUUUUCUCCUAAUUUUGGAACUUAUGCUGCUCUUUUACGGGCUUAUGGUAGAGCUCGUUAUGGUCAAGAUGCAUUAAGCGUAUAUAGAGAGAUGAAGAAGAAGGGUUUGGAGUUGAAUGUGGUUCUUUACAAUACUAUCUUAGCUAUGUGUGCUGAUAUUGGUUUCACUGAUGAAGCUAUUGAGAUUUUUGAGGAUUUGAAGAAGUCUGAAACUUGUGAGCCUGAUAGUUGGUCUUUUUCUUCUUUGAUUACCAUAUAUUCGUGCAGUGGAAAAGUUUCAGAAGCUGAGGAAAUGUUGAAUCAGAUGCUUGAAGCUGGUUUCGAGCCAAAUAUUUAUGUGUUAACGUCACUUAUACAGUGUUACGGAAAAGCAAAUCGAACGGAUGAUGUCGUGAGAACGUUUGAUCGACUAGUAAAUUUGGGCAUAACUCCCGAUGCUAGAUUUUGUGGUUGUCUUCUAAAUGUGAUGACGCAAACUUCUAAUGAAGAACUGGGAAAGCUGAUUGGAUGCAUUGACAGGGCAAACCCUCAACUAGCUUCUGUUGUGAAGUUAUUGGUAGAGGGAGAAACAGUUGAUGGAGCGUUCAAACAAGAAGCUACAGAGCUAUUUAGUUGUAUAGGUAGAGAAGUAAGGAAACCUUACUGUAAUUGCUUGAUAGAUCUUUGUGUUAAUCUUGAUCUAUUGGAAAAGGCUUGUGAAUUAUUAGAAAUCGGGCUUUCGCUUGAGGUAUACACAGCUAUUCAGACUAAAUCGCCAACACAGUGGUCUUUGCAUUUGAAGAGUCUCUCUCUUGGAGCUGCGCUGACAGCAUUGCACGUGUGGAUGAAUGAUUUAUCCAUAGCAAUAGAGAAUGGGGAGGAAUUGCCUCCAUGCCUCGGAAUUAAUACUGGUCAUGGUAAGCACAAGUACUCUGAAAAUGGAUUGGCAACUGUCUUUGAAUCCCACUUGAAUGAAUUGAAUGCGCCAUUUCACGAAGCUCCAGAGAAGGCUGGUUGGUUCUUGGCAACUAAAGUUGCAGCACUAUCAUGGUUGGAAUCAAGAAAAAUACCUGAACCUGUUGCUUAGAUUGUACAUGGUUAGAAGAGGAAUCUUAUUUGAUACUGUUGCAUACAGUCACUGCAACUUGUCUCGAUAUUUUUGUUUCCCUUUCUUGGUUUUGUUGCUCCUCUUAGAUAAAUAUUUUUGUAAGUUUUAGAUGAGUUCUAGCUAAUCCAAUUAUUUCAUUGUUGUUAAAUGGAUUCAUCUUCUAUAUCAGUUUAUCUUUUUGGUGAUGAACUGAGCGAUUCA